GCAAAGACUGCAGCGAGGCUCAUGGAGAAGUUUGCCAUUGGUGACUUGCUGGUGAGAUCAGACGGUGAGGGUGGGAGAAUCCUCGCCAUGACCCCCCUUGAAUUGAAGAUGCAGGGUGAUCAAGGUGAGUUCGUCCUCCAGGCCGAUGAGGUGUUGAACUCCUCAGAUUGGAAAAAGCAGAGUGAGCCCAAGCCUCGUGUUCCUGUGAAAGAUCCGGAUCUGUGGCAUUCCGUGCUUGCAGCUACGGAUGUCAAGGCUCGAGCUUCCAUCCGUUUGUGGGAAGAGGGUUACAAAAUGACCCCAAAGUCUGAUGACUUGUCACUGUGGGCCAAGCCCAAGGGCGUCGUAGUGACCAAAGACUUCGGCAAGGGCAAGAUUGUUUUGCCAGCCUUGACCAAUCGGAUCGAACUUCUCAUGACCACUGACGGCAAAACUCCACCCAGUGGUUCGUACUUACUGUGCGACGAGAAGGUUCAGGGGAAGAAGUGUCGUCUCUACGUGCUGUCACCUGCAGGGUGCAGCAUUCCUUUCUGGCUGUUGGCCACUACCACUGAGUCAGAUGAUUCCAACAUGUCGCUCCAGUACAUCAAAGGCAUACCGUGUGCCAAGAGCACUCGUGACAUUGAAAGCGGUGAAGAGCUAGUGCUUUUGAAGGAGAAGACAGAGAAACGCUUUGCGCCUCUGUCCUUCACCGAUCCUGCACCCCCGCCUGCAAAAAAGAAGAAGGCCUCGGCCUGA